GAUUAUCGAGAAACACCAUGAUUAACGUGAGCGUAAGUCAGCUCGUGAAUGAAGUAGACAAGAGCGAUUUUACGCUGUACACAGAAUGGGAGGACACGUGCAUCAAGAUAAUGGUGUUGCGGGCGGGUACGGUACCGUUGAGUGGCGAGAUGCACGUAGAGAACGCCAACUACUUUUUAAAGCACUUGGACGAAUCCUUCGAGACGUAUCUGGAGAAAACCAAACACGCGUUCUCCGGCAAAAACGCCGAUAUACGGUUCUUCCUGCAGGACGACACGUUCACGUGGAAGCAACAGAAUAUUCUCACCCGUGGCGAAAUUGCGGUGUACUCCCUUUCGAAUAUACUAACUCUGUCUGACACGUUGAAGCAGUCGUUGGAGCUCUAUCAGAAGUGCCAGGAGCGAGCGCUGGCACUGGAGAACGAGAACGAGCACCUGAAUAAAGCGAAUACAAAGCUGACCGCGGACAUGGAAGAGAUGAUAAACGUGAAGAUCGCCAUGGAGAAGGAUCUUUACAUGAAAUUCCUUUUGCUUCUGAAUACAAAGAAGAGCAAGAUUAGGGAGCUUCAGCGGGCUUUAAACGAUGCCAAAAAGACAAAGUCGGUAUACGAUAAAACUACCGAUGACGAAAGCGAGAAAUCGGACGUAGAGAGUAAGAGAGCACAGGAUGCUAAAUCGUCUAAGCUAAGCGAACACGAGAUGGAUUACGAGAGCGAGCGGAAAGUCAUGCCAAAGAGUAGUAAGAGAAAUCUUAAGAGACGCAUGAGUUCUAGCGAAGAUACAAGUCCUGAACCUGAACCUUCGACAAGCAAAGGCAAUUUAACGUUACUAAACACAGACAAGCAUGAUAACAAAGCAAUGACAUCUAAGCAGACUCUUAAUCUCUACAACUCGGAUGAAUCCGAGGAGGAUAUGUUUUCCUAAUAACAAAAGUAAUAUAUAUUGCCUUCUUUUUCUUACAUUUAAAAUAUUAAAUGCAAUUUUGACACAGUUUAACACAAUUAUCGAAUUUUCUUAUAAAAAAAUUUUAGUGCAUAUAUUAGAUUUAAUAUAUUAGAUAAAUUAUAUUUGUACAAAUUAUAUAUAUAUAUAUAUUUAAAUGAAUGUUCUAGUCUAAUACUUUACUAGAAAUUAUCUUACAUUAGAAAAAUAUAUCAUAUGCAAAAUAUAUUAAUAAUAUAUUAAAAUGAAAUUCAAUUAUAUUUUUAGUGUACGAAAGCAAUUAUAUAUCUUAAUUGUAUAUGUAAUUGUGAACAUUGUAACUGUUUCUAUUUGAUACAAUGAAAUAUAUUUAUAUAUUUUGACGAA